CACUAACUGAGAUACUGUUUCACAGAGAUCUACUUGAUAUCUUGGACAAGAUGAUUAGACGUAAGAUGUGUCCGAAAGACCUUACAGUUGACAACCUAUAUCUGAAGACUGUGAAUGGUCAACCUCAACUUAAAGUAUUCUUCGAUGAUGUUGAGGAUCUCAGGGGGACCAGGGCGUACUGUGAUUUCAUUGAGAAACACGGUCCUGACUGCAUUGGCAAAAAUUUGGCAAAAGUUGCCAAGUUUUAUCCCAUUGAGUGGAAUGAUGAAGACAAGAGCAAGUAUCUCAUUGACAUAUUCUCAUCAACUCGAGAUUGUAGUGCGGCUCUUAAUGCUUGUGGAAUAAGAUGGCCAAGAAAUGAGUCUGAAGAUGACAUGUGUCAGGAGCUGAAAACACUAAAAGAAAUGAUGGAAAGAGCGAACAUAGAUAACAACAAAAGGAAGGCGGCGCUGAAACUUCAAGGAGCCGAGGGUAGAGCUGCGGCCAACAAGAUCAGGGAAUACAUAUGGAACUGUGAUAUUGACUAUCCAAAUGAUCUUGUCAGGCUCGUGAGGAACCUAUGGAAGCAUUUCUCCACGUACCCUCACUACAUUAAGGUAACUAAUUCUCCAUCUAGCUUGCAUGCCAAACAAGGUGUUAAUAUUGAUUAACCAUUUGGUUAACU